AUGUCUGAAACUGAUACAAAGUCCGCCUCUAGAGUAGACAAAGACGAUAGCGGUGCUGAUGAGACCCGCUACGUGGAUCCCAGUGUGAAUAAGGUUCCAAAUUAUGAAAUUUCAGAGAAAGCAUUUAUCUUGACACAGCCUAAUUCGCCAAAUAAUAAUGUUGAGUUAAGAGACUCUGUGCUCAAUAUCAUCAAGGAGGAAGAAAUGGCACCAUAUUACAAAUAUCUUUGCGAACAAUAUUUGCCUCGGGGAACCCUAGACUUUGAUGCAAAUCUAUACAAAGAGCUGCUGCAAAAGAAUGAGCUUAGAAUUCAAGAGCUACAGAAGAAGCUAGCCAAGGUGGAAGAAAAUGACGAGGGUGAAUUAGAACAGGCUCAGUGUUGGAUUAACCUCGGGGAAUACUAUGCACAGAUCGGAGACCGUGAAAAUGCACAAAAGACAUUAGAGAAAGCCAUGAGCAGAGCCAUCUCCACCGGGGCUAAAAUUGAUAUAAUGUUAACCAUUACAAGACUAGGUUUCUUCUUCAACGAUCAGUCGUAUGUGAAAGAAAAAUUGGAGCAAAUCAAUGUGAUGAUUGAAAAAGGUGGCGACUGGGAAAGAAGAAACAGAUUCAAGACCUACAAAGGUGUCCAUUGUUUAGCUGUAAGAAACUUCAAAGAGGCGGCUAAGCUGCUGGUGGAUUCCUUAGCUACAUUCACCUCGAUAGAGUUGACGUCCUACGAAAGCAUCGCAACAUACGCGAGUGUUGCGGGCCUGUUCACUUUCGAAAGGACCGAGUUGAAAUCGAAAAUCAUCGAUUCCCCUGAACUGCUAUCCCUUUUGACAACUACCUCAGCUUUGCAGUCGAUCUCCUCACUCACAAUCUCACUGUACACAUCCGACUAUUCGAGCUUCUUCCCCUACUUGUUGGAGUCCUACGACAACGUGCUCCUGCCUUGCAAAUAUCUCAAUGAACAUUCGGACUAUUUCGUAAGAGGAAUGAGAAGAAAGGUGUACGCUCAACUACUAGACUCGUACAAAACACUGUCUUUGAGGUCGAUGGCUGGCGCUUUCGGUGUCUCUGUCGAAUUCCUUGACAACGAUUUGUGUAAAUUCAUACCAAACAAACAGUUGAACUGCGUCAUUGAUAGGGUUAACGGGAUUGUAGAGACCAACAGACCAGACAACAAAAACGCUCAGUAUCAUCUGUUGGUGAAACAGGGUGAUGGGCUACUGACAAAGAUUCAAAAAUACGGUGCGGCCGUAAGAUUAACUGGCUCAGAUCGUUUAGCAUAA